AGUGCACGUGCGCAGGCAGGCGAACACGCCGCAGAAAGAUGGACACCCUCGCUGGCGAUGACGAUGACGAUGUUGGCGCGACGACGGCAACUUGCGACGAAGGCGCUUCCUGGAAGCCGCGACGACAGAGGCGGUGUGGACGUUUCGUCGAGACAGGCCUGCCGGGGACGGCCGUGGCGUGCCUCGCCUCAUGCUGUUCCGUCGCCACCUUGGCGCAAGCACUUCUGGACCCGGGGAGGGGGGGUGGUUUGGCAGGCUCGGAGCCGAUAAGGCCACCAUGGAGAGCUAUCCGCAGCAGUUCGCUGGCACGCUGAAGCGUUUGACAGAGGAGGCGCGGGUUUGGACCGCGGCCCAGGUGGAGGGCAAUGGCGACGCAGCCGACGAGGCCUUCGCAGCCAUGGAGCAGAUGAAGUCCGAGCUGGAGGGCCAGGGCGUCUUGGACGAGCAUGCCUGCCAGCAGCUGCAUGACAUGGCCGUCAGCGCAGCUGCCGUCACGCUCUGUCGUGAGGCUGGGCUCGAGGGCCUGGAGGAGCGUGAGGAGGAGCUCGCUGCCGCGUGCGAGCCACAGCCAGAAGAGGUAUCCGACGCCCUCUGGCGCAAGACGCGGGCCCUCUGCCUCGCCGCAGCGGGCGCGGCGUGCGCGGAUGCGCAGGGCCACGCGGCCCAGGCGGCGAGGCAGAACCGCAUGUACGACAAGCUUGCGCGACGCUGCGGUGGCCUCGGAACCGUUAGGGCUGUGGGCGCAGAUGGCCUCGACCGUGACGAGUACGCCAGUCGGGCCGCGGACGUCAUACCGGCCACGGUCAUCAUGUUCAGCGGAUGCCAGGACUGCCAAACUUCCGCGGACGUUUACAACACCUCCUCAUUUGGGCUUCCCGCGGACGCGGGCCCCGGUGGAGCAGGGGGCGCGUGCACCAGCUCCAUGAUCAAGGCCUUGAGCGAGGGGGGCGACUACACGUGGGUGUCGCUGCUGGGGCAGAUGCGAGACAUCUUGCGAGGAAGCUACACGCAGAUUCCGAUGCUGAGCAGCAGCCGCAGUAUGGACCUGAACAGCCCCUUCAGCGUGGUCAAUCCGGAACCCAGCGGGCGCUUCCGGGCCCUGCUCGUGGGCAUCAACUACGUGGGCUCCAGUUGCGAGCUCCGCGGAUGCCACCAUGACGUCGACACCAUGCAGCGGUAUCUGAGGACGCAGGGCUACGAGGACGGCGACAUGCGCGUGAUGCUCGACGAUGGCGAGCACGAGGAGCCCACCCUCGCCAACAUGAUCGAGGGCUUUCGGUGGCUGGCAGACGGCGCGGAGUCCGGCGACUCGCUGUUCUUCCACUACAGCGGCCACGGUGCCCAGACGAAGGACGACGACGGCGAUGAGGACGACGGCAAAGACGAGUGCCUGUGCCCGGUCGACUUCCAGACCGCCGGGCUGCUGAGAGACGACAUUGCGUUCCAGCACCUCGUCGCGCCCUUGCAGCGGGGCGUCUCCCUCACCUGCGUCAUGGACUGCUGCCACAGCGGCUCCAUUCUGGACCUGCCGUUUAUGUUCAAGGCGGACGAUGAAGGCAUGGAUGCCGCAGGCUCCGGCACGGCGGCCAUGGCACCCAACCCCGAUUUCGAUUUCGGCAAGCUGGCGCAGGUCAUCAAGGAGCACCCUGGAAUGGCAGCCGGGGCGGCCUUCGUGGGGGCUUGCGUCUAUUUCGCUGCCAGCCCAGAUCAGAAGAAGGUGAUACGUUCUAGCGUGAUGAACGUCCUCGCCGCGGAAGACAAGGGGGCGGCGUUGAUGGGUGCUGCUCAGGACGUAUUGGGCUCGUUCUUUCAACGCUGACCACGGGAGGAUGAGGCUUCGCUGACCAGGUUGCGCCCAGCCCCCUCGCGGCGGCACACGCGACAGCGGAGGACGAGACUCCCAGAGAAGUGAAGAGUUCGUCAUCCACCUCAGCGCGAGCCACGCGAACUUUGAUUGCUAGUGUGAUGUUUGUUGCGCGUUCGUUCUCGUGUCUCUUGGGGACCCCCGAAGCCCGAAAAGAGCCAAACAAAUCCAGAA